CUCAAUCUUUGACUCUCAAAACUAGGAAAACCCACAUUUUUUAAACUAAAUUACAAACAAAAACCCCUAAAAUUAAACCCUUUUGAAUUGUGAUCAAAAUGUUGAUUAAAGUGUUUUUAAUUCAGUUUUGUACAGAUGGUGGUUGCUGAAAUUUAAAAAGGAGGAAUAUUUUUUUUUAAAUCAAAACAUAUUUAUGAUGAUUGAAACGGCGGUGUUGGUUGAUUAUUUGGUGCCUUCAUGGUGGGAGAUCAAAGUGGCAGUGGCGGCGUCGCUAUUCGUGAUCGUUUCUUAUUGGUUUUUUGCAUUGCAAAGCGAAGAUGGCGAAGGCGGUGAUCGAUCGCAGCUUUUGAAUAAUUCCGCUGAUGGAGUUCUUGACGAUAAAGACAAGAUAGUCCAGUCGAAAGGAGAUCUUCAAACUAAUUCUCCAUAUCUAAUCAAGGUGGAAUUGCUGGCAGCUAAGAAUCUCAUUGGUGCUAACUUGAAUGGCACAUCAGAUCCUUAUGCUAUAAUUACCUGUGGUUCCGAAAAGAGAUUCAGUUCAAUGGUCCCUGGUUCAAGAAACCCCAUGUGGGGAGAGGAGUUCAAUUUCUCUGUAGAUCAACUUCCUGUCCAGAUAAAUGUGACCAUAUAUGACUGGGAUAUAAUUUGGAAGAGUGCAGUUCUCGGUUCAGUUACUGUUACCGUUGACAGUGAAGGUCAAAGUAAUGCAGUAUGGCAUACCUUAGAUAGCACAUCAGGACAGGUUUGUCUACAUAUCAAAACUAUAAAACUCCCUGGGAAUUGUUCCAGGGGUAUAAAUGGAUAUACUGGAACUAAUUCUCGAAGAAGGAUUUCUUCAGAUAAGCAGGGACCUACAGUGGUUCACCAAAAGCCAGGGCCUUUACAAACAAUAUUUAAUCUCCUUCCAGAUGAGGUUGUGGAGCAUAGUUACUCUUGUGCACUUGAGAGAUCAUUCUUGUACCAUGGUCGUAUGUAUGUCUCUGCAUGGCACAUCUGUUUCCAUUCUAAUGUGUUCUCCAAACAAAUGAAGGUGGUGAUACCAUUGGGGGAUAUAGAUGAGAUUCGUAGAAGUCAGCAUGCAUUCAUUAAUCCUGCGAUAACAAUUAUUCUUCGGAUGGGUACUGGUGGGCAUGGUGUACCUCCAUUGGGGAGCUCUGAUGGUAGAGUCAGGUAUAAAUUUGCAUCAUUUUGGAACAGGAACCAUGCACUAAGAGCUUUACAGCGUGCAGCAAAGAACUAUCAUGCAAUGUUGGAAGCUGAAAAGAAGGAAAGGGCCGAAUCAGCAUUGCGUGCACAUAGCAGCUCCAUGAGAGGUAGUAGAAGGCAAGCUACGGCUCCCAAAGAUAAUGCAUCUAAACCUGAAAAAUCUCAAGCUUUUAUCAAAGAAGAAGUUCUUGUUGGUAUCUUCAAUGAUGUAUUUCCAUGCACUGCUGAGCAGUUCUUUAAUUUAUUAUUAAGUGAAGACUCUAGUUUUACUAACGAGUACCGUUCAGUACGGAAGGAUACAAAUCUUUCGAUGGGACAGUGGCAUGCCGCUGACGAAUAUGAUGGCUUAGUGAGAGAGAUAACAUUCAGAACCAUUUGUAAUAGUCCCAUGUGUCCUCCAGACACUGCCAUGUCAGAGUAUCAACAUUCUGUUUUAUCAUCGGAUAAGAAAAAGCUUGUUUUUGAAACUGUACAGCAGGCACAUGAUGUUCCAUUCGGCACCUACUUUGAGGUUCAUUGCCGAUGGUGCGUGGAGAACAACAGUGAAAAUUCGUCUAUUUUAGAUAUAAAAGUCGGUGCACAUUUUAAGAAAUGGUGUGUGAUGCAAUCGAAAAUCAAGUCGGGCGCUAUCAACGAGUACAAGAAAGAGGUAGAGGUGAUGUUGGAUGUCGCCCGCUCAUAUAUCAAGUCGCAUACUACCGGUGGUGAGACCAAUAACUCAGCAUUCUCACCCUCAGAUACACAAAAUAUCAGCUAGUAUUAAACUGGGGUAAUUUACUUCCUGUGAUUUUAUUGUAUAAUUUUUAUCCUUUUAGUACACGUAAUCUAAGUAAUACGUAGAGGUACUAGGGUUUUAUUUUAAAAGGCCUUGGGGUGUAUAAUGUAACUUAACCUUUAUCUUUCGAAGGGAAGUAUAUUAUUGUGUUAUUCAAUGUUCAUCAAUAUACAUUUUACAUUA